AUGUCCGAAUGGGGCAACCCAUUGCCAGUAAUGUGGCAAGUACCCGGAGGAAAAGAAAAUAAAUUAAUGAUUCCCGUAGUAGUGGCGAGCGAACCGGGAACAGCCCAAACCAAUUAUAAGAAGUGGUUGGAAAGCCACGCCAAAGAAAGUGAAAGCCUCGUAUUCGAAAUCAAUAACUCUCCGCAUUUCAUCCUGAGUACCACGAGACACGUGAAAUCUUGUGGGAAGCAACGGGGACCACCCCGUAAGGCUAAAUACUCAUUAGUCACCGAUAGUGAACUAGUACC